AUGGAGCUAGCCGUGCUAGUGGAAACAGCAGCAAGUUUCAUGCAGCAUUGGCAUUGCAGCCAAGGUUUGGAGUGGCCAGGAUCUUCAAGGUUGUGCCCUGGAAGGGGGAGGGGGCAACCGGAGACUGAGAUUGCUGGAGAGGUUUUCUGCGACAAGAGCAGCUGCCGAGUAGCUACAGCUCUCCAGUGGAGCCUCUCAGAUUCGGCCAGUCGGCCAGAUCUGAUCGACGGCUGCAGGUUGGGUGUUGGAUGGUUCAUGUUUGGCUGGGCGUGGCUGGGCAUUUCACCAGUGGAUAAGGGGGAGUCAGGGCAGUGCCUGUUAGUUACGGGACGUUACGGUUUCCGAGCUUGCGUGCUGCGCUCUUCUGCAUCCCCCUGUGCAUUCUGCGAGAUUCGUGUCGGAGACCUCCUUGCUGCAGCGGGAGUGCACCUGGACCAGGAGUGCAGCCGCUGCGCGGACUUCAACGUUACCGGUGAGAAGGCUUGGCUGCGGAAUGUCGGAGUGGAGCUGGAUGUAACCCUCUUCUACACCAACCUGUGGUUCUCAUGGCGUGACCCCUCCACGUGGCUGCUGCCGGCCAAGGAGCCGAGCUUCGAGCUCAAGGUGUCAGCACGCCAGCCCAUCGAAGGUGUGCGAACCAUCCGCACCAUCUCGGCCGCGCAGUCGUAUAUCGACACCAAGGACCUGCAGAAUGAGUCGCUGCGUGUCACGCGGCGUGCCCACGGCAUUCGCCUUCAUUUUCGGCAACAGGGGGUCUUGGGAGCCUGGGAUCCCAUGUCGCUGGCCUACUUCCUGCUCCAGAGCUGCACUUUUCUGGGUGUGGCUUGGACCCUCACGGAGCUUCUUUGCAGCUUCGCACCGGUCCUCUACAGCGCCCUCCGCUGGCCCAUGCCCACGUGGUACGACUGCUUGCAGCCUGUCGCCGCCGCUUGGCUCCGCGCACAGAAAUUCCCCGAAUCAGUCUCGGACCUAACCCUUCUACCUUCUGGUGCUGCCAUGGCCUACCGCUUGCUUCGCCUGGGCCUGGCGCUCGUCACGCUGCGGUACGCGCUGGGGCCUGCUUACAUCCAGGAUGCAGGGAGCAGGGCGCUGCCCCGGCGAGCGGCGGUUUUCGGCUCUGCAGGGGCCCUUGCGUCGAGCCCGAGCUCGGUGCGCGCACUUCCCGGGUCUCCGCGCUUUGCCGGCACCUACGACGAUCCGGCGUUCCCAGGCUGCCCCCGGGAGAUUGUGCCCCAGGGCAGAGAUGUAAUCGUCAGGGGUGUGGACGGACCUGCUGCUGACUGUGCUGGAAAAGCUUGGCAGGCGACAGGGCGCAGAGGCCGGGGCAUGCCGGACACUUUGCAGCCAAAUGAGCUGCUUCUGGACUUCUCGGCGAGAGGAGGACCUUCCGACGUGAUCGCGGUCUGGGUGCCAGGCCUAGGCCUUCGCUUUCCGGAUGGCAGUGAGUGGCGCCGGCGGCGGUGA